AUGAAAGACCUGGCUUUUUCACCUAGCUUUGGCAUCUUGUUUCCGGUCUUCAGAACUUUGAUCUUUGCCCAUUUGGCUUCCAUGUUGCUGGCUGCCUCGCAAGGUCUUUUCCCAAGGUUGGAGAACAUUGGUGCUUUCAAGAGUGUCUCAACUGUGCCAGCCCAAGCGACGUGUGGACGACCAGACCGAAGCACUUUUUGUCAUAGCUCUGUGGAGGCGGAAAGUAUUCACUUCUGUACCCAGAGGUUUUGUAUUCAGGAUUGCCCAUUCAGGUCUGGCCCUGCUGCCUACGCGUCGCUGCUCUCAGCAGGACUUGGGAGCUGCCUCACCACAGACGAGCAUGACGUGUCUCCCAACUCCCCUAGCAAUUCCACAAGCUUUAUUUUUGGAAAUCACAAGAAUUGCUUCUCUUCUCCUCCUCCUCCAAGGCUGACGGCAUCAUUUACUUUAACUGUAUGGUUGAAACCUGAGCAAGAAGGAGUAAUGUGUGUUAUAGAAAAAGCAGCGGAUGGGCAGAUUGUGUUCAAACUUACAAUAUCUGAGAAAGAGACCAUGUUUUAUUAUCGCACAGUAAAUGGUUUGCAGCCUCCAAUAAAAGUAAUGACACUGGGGAGAAUUCUUGUGAAGAAAUGGAUUCAUCUUAGUGUGCAGGUGGAUCAGACAAAAGUCAGUUUCUUCAUUAAUGGCAUGGAAAAGGAUAACAGAGCUUUGGAUGUGAGAACUCUAACUGGUUCAAUUACGAAUUUUGCCUCUGGCACUAUACGAGUAGGACAGAGCAUAAAUGGUUUACAGCAGUUCGUUGGAAGAAUGCAAGAUUUUCGAUUAUACCCAGUGGUGCUUACAAACAGAGAGAUUCUGGAAGUGUUUGUUGGUGAAUUACCCCGACUGCAUGUCCAGUCCCAUUGCCGCUGUCCUGGCAGCCACCCUCGGAUCCAACCUUUGGCUCAGACCUACUGCAUUCACAAUGAUGCAGAAGGCACCACCGAGAAUAGAGUGUCAAGGCUGAACACCGAAGCCCAUCCUCUCUCUUUUAUCAAUGAUAAUGAUAUUGGCACUUCAUGGGUUUCACAUGUGUUUACAAACAUUGAUCAGCUUAAUCAAGGAAUAACUAUUUCUCUAGAUUUGGAGAAUGGACAGUAUCAGGUAUUCUACAUUAUCAUUCAGUUUUUUAGCCCAAUGCCAACAGCCAUAAGGAUUCAAAGGAAGAAAGAGGACAGUCUAGAUUGGGAGGACUGGCAGUAUUUUGCUCGAAAUUGUAGUGUUUUUGGAAUGAGGAACAAUGGAGAUUUGGAAAAUCCUGAUUCUGUCAACUGUCUCCAGCUUCCCAAUUUCACUCCAUAUUCUCAUGGUAAUGUUACAUUCAGCAUCCUGACACCUGGACCAAAUCAUCGUCCUGGAUACAAUAACUUCUACAACACUCCUUCUCUUCAAGAGUUUGUAAAAGCUACUCAAAUAAAAUUUCAUUUCAGUGGACAAUAUUAUACAACUGAGAUGGCUGUCAACUCCAAACACAGAUAUUAUGCAGUGGAUGAAAUCACUAUCAGUGGGAGGUGUCAGUGCUCUGGCCACGCUCAGACCUGCGAUACAACAAGCCAGCCGUAUAGAUGCCACUGCUCCCAGGAAAGUUUCACUGAAGGACUUCAUUGUGAUCGUUGCUUACCUCUUUAUAAUGACAAGCCUUUCCAUCAAGGAGAUCAAGUUCAUACCUUCAACUGUAAACCCUGUCAAUGCAACAACCACACAAGAAGCUGCCACUAUGACAUUGCAGUGGACCCUUUCCCAUCUGAGCACUACAGAGGAGGUGGAGGAGUUUGUGAUAAUUGCGAGCAUAACACUACAGGAAGGAACUGUGAGCUGUGUAAGGAUUACUUUUUCCGACAACUUGGUGCAGAUCCUUCAGCCAAAGACGCUUGUACACCCUGUAAUUGUGAUAAAGUCGGCACGAGAAACAAUAGCCUUAUUUGUGAUAAGAUGGGAGGCCAGUGUAAUUGUAAGAGACAUGCGUCUGGCAGACGGUGCGAUCAGUGCCAAGACGGAUUCUACAAUCUUCAAGAGUUGGAUCCUGAAGGUUGCCGUCCCUGUGACUGUAAUACCUCUGGGACACUGGAUGGAGAUGUUACCUGUCACCCAAAUUCAGGCCAGUGCAAGUGCAAGGCGAAUGUUAUCGGCCUCCAGUGUGAUCACUGUGACUUUGGGUUUAAAUUUCUCCAAAGUUUCAAUGAUGACGGAUGUGAGCCUUGCCGCUGCAACCUCAAUGGCUCAGUGGACCAGUUCUGCAAUCCUCUUUCUGGACAGUGUAAGUGCAAAGAAGAAGCCAAAGGACUACAGUGUGACAGCUGCAGAGAAAACUUUUAUGGGUUGGACGUCACCAGUUGUAAGCCCUGUGACUGUGACAUGGUGGGAACCCUCCCUGGGACAGUCUGUGAGGUGACAACUGGACAGUGCUUCUGUAAACCUAACACUGGAGGAAGACAGUGCAAUCAGUGUUUGGAGGGAUACUUCUACCUGCAGCAGCCAAAUAAUUCUUUCCUCUGCCUGCCUUGUAACUGUGAUAAGACUGGGACACUAAAUGGCUCUCUGCUGUGUGAGAAAUCAACAGGACAAUGUCCUUGCAAAUUAGGGGUAACAGGUCUUCACUGUAAUCAGUGUAAACCUCACAGGUACAAUUUGACCAUUGGCAAUUUUCAAGGCUGCCAGAUGUGUAAGUGUGACUCCUCUGGGACACUGCCUAGGACCAUUUGUGACCCAGUCAGUGGCCAGUGCCUAUGUCUGCCUAAUCGUCAAGGAAGAAGGUGCAAUCAGUGUCAACCAGGUUAUUUUCUUCCACUAGGCAAUGCCACUGGUUGCCUACCUUGCUCAUGUCAUGAAACUGGUGCAGUUGAUCCAAUCUGUAAUAACCUAACUGGUCAGUGUGUUUGCCAAGAUGAUUCAGUCUCCGGGCAAAAUUGUGACCAUUGCAAGGACCAUUACUUUGGAUUUGACCCUCAGACUGGAAGAUGCCAGCUUUGCAAUUGCCAUCUCUCAGGAGCUUUGAAUGAAACCUGUCACUCAGUCACAGGCCAGUGUUUCUGUAAACAAUUUGUCACUGGUUCAAAGUGUGAUGCCUGUGUUCCCAGUGCAAGCCAUUUGGAUGUCAAUAAUCCACUGGGUUGCAGCAAAACUCCAUCUCAGCAACCUCCACCCAGAGGACAAGUUCAAAAUUCUUCAGUUAUCAAUCUUUCCUGGAGUCCACCUGAUUCUCCAAAUGCCCACUGGCUUUCUUACAGUUUAUUCAGGGAUGAUUUUGAAAUCUACACAACUGAAGAUCAAUACCCAUACAGUAUUCAAUACUUUGUAGACACUGCCCUGUCUGCGUAUACCUCUUAUUCCUAUUAUAUCAAGACUGCUAAUGUGCACGGUUCAACAAGGAGUGCAGCUGUGACUUAUAGGACGCACUCAGGCAUUCCUCAGGGAAGCUUGAAUUUAAGUUCUAUCACUCCGAUUAGCUCAGACUCUGUGCAACUUUCCUGGACUGCACCCUCAAACGCUUCUGGUCCUAUAGAAAAAUAUAUUUUGUCCUGUGCUUCUUUAGAUGGUACCUGGCCUUGUGCUCCUUAUGAAGGCUGUGAGACUUCAACUACCAUCUGGAAUCUGGCUCCAUUCACCACAUACCACUUCUCUGUGCAGGCGUGUACUAGUGGGGGCUGCUUGCAUAGCUUGCCCAUCACAGUGACCACAGCCCAGGCCCCUCCCCAAAGGCUGGAUCCACCUGUGGUGAGGAAGAUCAGUGCCACAGAACUUCAUGUAGAGUGGUCACCACCGUUGGAGCCAAAUGGAAUAAUUAUAAGUUAUGAACUGUUCAUGAGAAGAUUGAAUUCUAAUGGAGAAACUGCGUCUACAGAAAGUAGAGUUUUUCAGAACAGUGGCUGGCUCAGUCCUUACCCAUUUACAGAAACAGCCAAUGAAAAUGCAUUACAACCACCUCAAACCACCACAGUCAUCGCAGGCCUGGAGCCAUACACCACAUACGAAUUCAGAGUCUUAGCUGUAAAUAUGGCUGGUAGUGUGUCUUCUGCAUGGACGUCGGAAAGAACAGGAGAAGCAGUGCCUGUGUUCAUGAUCCCUCCUUCAGUCCUCUCUCUCUCACCAUACUCUCUCAAUGUAUCCUGGGAGAAGCCAGAAGAUAAUGUUACAAGAGGAGAAGUUGUGCGAUACAUCAUCACGAUGAUUUCUGAGCAGCCUCUUCAACAAUCUAUCCCAGUGGUGUCUUCACAGGUAUUAUACACUGCUAAAUCCCAAGAACUGUCUUACAUUGCAAAAGAACUGAAACCUUAUAGAAUAUACAACUUUACCAUUUCUCUCUGCAAUUCUGUUGGUUGUGUGACCAGUGCUCCGGGAGCUGGGCAGACUUUAGCAGCAGCACCAGUCCAGCUGAGUUCUCCUCACGUGGAAGCCAUCAAUAGCACAACCAUUCAUGUUAGGUGGUUACCACCUGAAGAACUGAAUGGACCUGCUCCUGUAUAUCAGCUGGAAAGGAGAGAGACAUCUCUAGCAGCACCUCUGGCUGUGAUGGUGAAAGGAAUUCAUUUUGUUGGGAAUGGAUAUUGCAGAUUUCCCAGCUCAACCCUGCCAGCCAAUACAGACUUUACUGGCAUUAAGGCCAGCUUCCGAACAAGGGUGCCUGAAGGUUUGAUUGUCUUUGCAGCAUCUCCUGACAAUCAAGAGGAGUAUUUUGCACUUCAAUUGAAGAAUGGGCGUCCUUAUUUUGUUUUUGAUCCUCAGGGAUCUCCAGUAGAAGUUACAACAACUAAUGAUAAUAGUAAACAAUAUAACGAUGGAAAAUGGCAUGAAAUAAUUGCUAUUAGGCAUCAGGCAACUGGCCAAAUCACUCUUGAUGGGCAGUAUACAGGUUCCUCGGCUGCCCUGAAUGGCAGCACAGUUAUUGGAGAUACCACGGGAAUUUUUGUGGGAGGUCUGCCACAAGGAUACACCAUCCUCAGGAAAGAUCCUGAGAUAAAUCAAAAGGGUUUUGUAGGCUGUCUCAAGGAUGUGUUUUUUAUGAAGCAUUUUAAUCCCUCUGUUAUCUGGGAACCUCUGGAGUGGGAGGAUUAUGAAGAGAAAAUCAACGUGUAUAACAGCUGGGAGGGAUGCCCCACUUCAGUGAAAGAAGGAGCUCGGUUCCUAGGAAGAGGGUUCCUGGAGCUUUCUUCAUACGUAUUUCAUGGUGGAAUGGACUUUGAGAUUUCCUUUAAGUUCCAAACUGACCAACUGAAUGGACUGCUUCUUUUUGUUUACAACAAAGAUGGACCUGAUUUUCUUGCUAUGGAGCUGAAGACUGGAGUACUGAGCUUCUUUUUAAAUACCAGUCUUGUCUUUACACAAGUGGAUAUAAGGCUGGGACUCUCCUAUUGUGAUGGAAAGUGGAAUAAAGUAAUAAUGAGAAAAGAAGGCUCUGCCAUAUUGGCCAGCGUGAAUGAACUGAUGGAGCAAACAUCACAGCCCAAGGCCCAGCCUCUGAUGGUGAACUCUCCCAUCUAUGUUGGAGGAAUCCCACAAGAGCUGCAUAACACAUACAAACAAUUGAGUUUUGAGCAAGGUUUCGGUGGUUGCAUGAAGGAUGUUAAAUUUACACGGGGUGCUGUCGUUAACUUGGCAUCUGUGUCCAGUAGUGCUGUCAGAGUCAAUCUGGAUGGAUGCCUAUCAACUGACAGUGCUGUUAACUGCAGGGGAAAUGACUCCAUCCUGGUUUACCAGGGAAAGGAGAAGGGUGUUUACGAGAACGGUCUCCAGCCUUUCACAGAAUACCUUUACCGAGUGAUAGCCUCACAUGAAGGAGGUUCAGCAUAUAGUGAUUGGAGUCGGGGACGCACAACAGGAGCAGCUCCGCAAAGUGUGCCAACUCCCUCAAGAGCCCACAGCAUAGACGGAUACAGCAUUGAGGUGACUUGGGAGGAACCUGUUGUGGUUCGAGGUGUAAUUGAGAAGUAUUUUCUGAAGGCGUACACUGAGGAAGGACCUGAGUCAUCUCUGGGGCCCUUAGCCUCGGCUGAGCUGCUCAAUACCAGCAUCCACACAGGCAUAUUGACAGGCUUGCUACCCUUCAAAAACUAUGCAGUGACCCUAACUGCCUGCACUUUGGCUGGCUGCACGGAGAGCUCACAUGCGUUGAACAUCUCUACUCCACAAGAAGCCCCACAGGAAGUUCAGCCACCAGUAGCCAAAUCUCUUCCAGAUUCUUUGUUAGUCUUCUGGAAACCACCCAUACAAGCAAAUGGCAUUAUAACUCAGUACUCUUUAUACAUGGAUGGGAUGCUGAUUUAUUCAGGCAGUGAGAUGAACUACAGAGUCACAGAUCUUGCGGUCUUCACACCUCAUCAGUUUCUACUGAGUGCAUGCACACAUGCAGGAUGCACAAACAGUUCCAGGGUCAUUCUGUACACAGCACAGCUGCCUCCAGAACAUGUGGAACCGCCAAUUCUGACUGUCUUGGAUUCUAGAACAAUAUACAUACAGUGGCAACAGCCAAGAAAAGUGAAUGGAAUUCUGGAGCGUUAUGUAUUAUAUAUUUCAAAUAGCAUGCAUAAUUUUACAAUUUGGGAUGUCAUCUAUAACAGUACAGAACUUUUUCAGGAUCACAUGCUGCAAUACCUUCUCCCUGGUAAUAAAUAUCUCAUCAAACUGGAGGCUUGCACAGGUGGUGGGUGCACCUUGAGCCAGGCCAGCCAGGCCCUCACCGAUGAGAACAUUCCAGAAGGAGUGCCAUCCCCCACAGUGCACUCAUAUUCACCUGACUCCUUUAACAUCUCCUGGACUGAGCCCGAAUAUCCGAAUGGUGUUAUAACAAGUUAUGGAUUAUAUCUGGAUGGUGUCUUAAUUCACAAUUCUUCAAUACGAAGCUGUCAUUCUCGUGGAUUUGCUCCUUGGAGCUUGCACUCCUUCCAAGUCCAGGCAUGCACAGCCAAAGGUUGUGCGCUGGGCCCUCUGGUGGAAAAUCACACACUAGAAGCCCCUCCUGAAGGAACAGUAAAUGUAUUUGUCAAAACAAAGGGAUCUCAAGAAGCCCAGGUGAAGUGGGAUGCACCUUUUGCCCCUAAUGGGUGCUUAACCUACAGGAUCCUUCUUACUGGAGCAUUCUAUGUGGAUCAAGUGGGUGAAAACUACACCCUUCUGAAUGGCACACAAAUUGUCCACAGCAGUGAAAGGACCAACCUUUGGGUGCCCAUCAGUGGACUGAUUCCUUUUACUAACUAUACCGUACAAGUAAAUGCUUCAAAUAGCCAAGGCAGCUUGAUAAGCGACCCUGUAAUCAUUGCAAUGCCUCCAGGAGCUCCAGAUGGCGUGCUGCCUCCGAGGCUUUCAUCUGCCACUCCAACCAGUCUUCAGGUUGUCUGGUCUACACCAGUUCGCAACAACGCUCCCGGCUCCCCCAGAUACCAGCUCCAGAUGAGGCCUGGCGGCUCCACCCACGAAUUUCUAGAGUUAUUUUCCAAUCCUUCUGCAUCAUUAAGCUAUGAAGUGAAAGAUCUCCAACCAUACACGGAAUAUGAGUUUCGGCUGGUCGCCUCCAAUGGGUUUGGCAGUACGAGUAGUUCUUGGAUUCCAUUCAUGACCACAGAGGACAAACCAGGACCAAUCGACCCUCCAGUUCUUCUAGAUGUGAAGUCAAGAACAAUUUUGGUCACCUGGCAGCGCCCUCUAAAGCAAAAUGGGGUUAUUACACAUUAUAACAUUUACCAGCGUGGCCAUCUCUACUUGAAAACUCCUGGAAAUGUCUCUACUUGCACAGCUGUCCAUUUACAACCCCACACUCCCUACCACUUCCAGGUAGAAGCCUGUACUUCAAAAGGAUGUUCCCUCUCACCGGAGUCUCAGACUGAAUGGACACUCCCAGAUGCUCCAGAAGGCAUCCCAAACCCAGAACUGUUCUCUGAUACACCAACAUCUGUGAUUCUAUCUUGGCAACCCCCUACCCACCCCAAUGGUUUAGUGGAGAACUUCACAAUUGAGAGACGAGUAAAAGGGAAGAACGAAGUUACUACCCUGGUGACUCUCCCAAGCCAUCACCCCAUGAAGUUUGUUGACAAUACGCCUGCACUUAGCCCAUGGACCGGGUAUGAGUACCGGGUGUUGAUGAGCACUUUUAAUGGAGGUACAAACAGCAGUGCUUGGGAAGAAGUUACCACGAGGCCCUCACGACCUGCUGGUGUGCAGCCACCCAUGGUACAAGUGCUAGGACCCAGCUCGGUCAAGGUCACUUGGAUCCCCCCACUCAUCCAGAAUGGAGAUAUACUUAGCUAUGAGAUUCGCAUGCCUGACCCUCAUGCCAUAAUAACAAAUGUGACUUCCUCGGUGUUAUCUCAAAUAAUCACUCACCUCAUUCCUUUCACUAAUUAUUCUGUCACCAUUGUAGCUUGCUCAGGGGGCAAUGGGUAUGUAGGAGGAUGUACAGAGAGUUUACCAACUCAUGUUACCACCCACCCUGCCCUCCCCCAAGAUCUCAGCCUUUUGUCAGUGGUUCCACUAAGUGAGUCUUAUGUUGGGAUUUCUUGGCAACCACCUUCCAAGCCCAAUGGACCUAACUUGAGAUAUGAGCUUCUGAGAUGUAAAAUUCAGCAACCACUUGCAUCAAAUCCCCCAGAAGAUUUAAAUCGGUGGCACAAUAUUUAUUCAGGAACUCAGUGGUUUUAUGAAGAUAAGAGUCUUAGCAGGUUUACAACAUAUGAGUAUAAGCUCUUUGUGCACAACAGUGUGGGGUUUACACCGAGCCAGGAAGCAAAUGUGACAACAUUAGCUGGUCUUCCAGAGAGAGGGGCCAACCUCACCACACAGGUGCUUAACCACACAGCUAUCCAUGUGGAAUGGACUAAACCAACUCUUCAAGACCUACAAGGUGACGUCGAAUAUUACACACUUUUCUGGAGUUCUGCUACCUCCAAUGAGUCUCUGAAAAUCCUCCCUGAUGUAAACUCCCAUAUCAUUGGAAACUUAAAUCCAAACACAGAGUACUGGAUUUUUCUCUCUGUCUUCAAUGGCGUCCACAGCAUCAAUAGUGAAGUUCUGCACGCAGUCACUUGUGAUGGGGAGCCUCAGGGCAUGCUUCCUCCAGAGGUUGUCAUCAUCAACAGUACAGCUGUACAUGUCAUCUGGACAUCUCCUUCCAACCCAAAUGGUGUUGUCACUGAGUAUUCCAUCUAUGUAAAUAAUAAGCUCUACAAGGCUGGAAUGAAUGUGCCUGAGUUGUUCCUUCUCAGAGACCUAUCUCCCUUCACUGUUUAUGACAUUCAGGUGGAAGCCUGCACAAAGUACGCCUGCGUGAAGAGCAACAGAACCCAAGUCACCACGGUGGAAGACACUCCCAACGAAGUGGCCACACCUACAAUUCGGAACAUUACGUCAAGAUCCUUUCAAAUUGACUGGGAGGCUCCAGGAAAGCCAAAUGGCAUCAUUCUUGGAUAUACUAUCUUACGAAGAGCAUGGCGUUCAUGCCCAAAAACCACGCAGUUAACUAAAGACCACGGAGUCUGCAAGGCAGUGAAAUGUCAAAAACCUGAGGAUAUCUGUGGACACACAUGCUAUUCUCCUGAAUCUAAGGUAUGUUGCAAUGGAGUUCUCUAUGACCUCAAGCCUGGAUACAGCUGCUGUGAAGAGAAGUAUUUCCCAUUUACUCUGAAUUCAACGGGAGUUUGUUGUGGUGGCAGAAUACGAGAGGCACAACCAAAUCAUGAUUGCUGCUCUGGGUAUUACACUAGAAUUCUACCAGGUGAAGUGUGCUGUCCAGAUGAACAGCACAAUCGGGUUUCCAUUGGCCUUGGUGACUCCUGCUGCGGCCGAGUGCCAUACUCCUCCUCGGGUCACCAGAUCUGCUGUUCGGGGAGCCUUCAUGAUGGCCAUGGCCAGCAGUGCUGUGGUGGACAGAUUGUGAGCAAAGACUUAGAUUGCUGUGGUGGAGAAGAAGAAGGUGUGGUGUACAUUCGACUUCCAGGGAUGUUCUGUUGUGGGCAGGAUUAUGUGAAUAUGUCAGAUACCAUAUGCUGCUCAGCUUCCAGUGGAGAGUCUAAAGCACAUGUUAAAAAGAAUGACCCAGUGCCAGUAAAAUGCUGUGAGACUGAACUUAUUCCAAAGAGCCAGAAAUGCUGUAAUGGAGUUGGAUAUAAUCCUUUGAAAUAUGUUUGCUCUGACAAGAUUUCACCUGGAAUGAUGAUGAAGGAAACCAUUCAAUGCAAGACUCUAUGCCCUAUAAUGAUGGAAGCCACAGCACGUUGUGGUAGAUGCGACUUUAACUUUAGUAGCCACAUCUGCACUGUGAUAAAAGGGGCUCACAGUUCCACAGAGAAGACAUCAAAUGAAGAAAUAUGCCCCUCUGCUGAAGAGAUUGUUUAUACGGGGAAUGCAAACAUACACUCCUACACAGAUAUAAAUGUGGAACCUUAUAUGACAUAUGAGUAUAGGAUUUCUGCAUGGAAUAGCUAUGGGCAAGGAUUCAGCAAAGCUGUUAGAGCCAGAACAAAAGAAGAUGUGCCCCAAGGAGUGAGUCCCCCUCGAUGGAGUAAAAUGGGUCAUCCUGAAGAUACAAUAGUCUUGAACUGGAAGAAACCUAUCCAACCAAAUGGUCUUAUUAUGUAUUACAUUCUUCUCCGAAAUGGAAUUGAAUGCUUUAGAGGAACAUCAUUGAGUUUCUCUGAUACAAAGGGAAUUCAAUCAUUUCAGGAAUAUUCAUACCAGCUGAAAGCUUGCACUGCUGUUGGCUGUACUGCCAGUAGCAAGGUAGUUGCAGCUACUACUCAAGGAGUUCCAGAGAGCAUUCUCCCACCAAGAAUCACAGCCCUAAGUGUGGAGGCUUUGCAUUUGAGCUGGAGCGUCCCUGAGAAACCAAAUGGUGUCAUUAAAGAGUACCAGCUCCGGCAGGUUGGAAAAGGUCUCAUCUACACUGAUACCACUGACAGGAGGCAGCAUACGGUCACAGAUCUCCAGCCGUACAGCAACUACAGCUUCACAAUUACAGCUUGUACAUCUGCUGGCUGUACUUCAAGUGAGCCUUUUCUAGGUCAGACACUGCAGGCAGCCCCUCAAGGAGUUUGGACAACACCUCGACACAUUACAAUAAAUUCUACAACAGUGGAAUUAUAUUGGAGUGAGCCAGAAAGGCCCAAUGGUCUUAUAUCUCAGUAUCUCUUGAGACGUAAUGGAUCCUUGGUUUUUCUGGGUGACAGUGAGAAGUUUAGUUUCAUUGAUAAAUAUCUGGAGCCUGAUAGCAGGUAUGUUUACACAUUAGAAGCCCAAACUGAAGGGGGUAACAGUACUAGUGAUGAUUACAUAAUACAAAUACCUGUAUGGACACCAGAAGAAAUCCAUUCUCCAUAUAAUAUAACAGUAAAUGGACCUGAUUCCAUAUCUGUGGCUUGGACCAAACCAGGGAUUCUCAUCCCCCAAAUGCCUGUGGAGUACAAUAUUUUACUUAAUGCUGGAAGUGAAGCACCUCUGGUCUCCCCUGUUGGUCACCAUCAUUCCAUCCGCCUGGAAAAUUUGACCCCGUUCACACAGUAUGAGGUUAGGGUCCAAGCAUGCCAAAAUGGAGGUUGUGGAGUUAGCAAUAAGAUAUUUGUUAAAACAUCUGAAGCAGUCCCAGUGGGCCUUAAUCCCCCUGUUCUGAAGGCACUGGGAUCAGCUUGCAUAGCAGUUGCAUGGCUACCACCUAAGAAACCAAAUGGAGUCAUUAACAACUACUUUAUUCACAGACGCCCUGCUGGCUCUAAAGAGGAGGUCCUUAUAUUUGUCUGGUCUGACGGAGCCCUUGAAUUUACUGACACGUCUGACUCUCUGAGGCCAUUCACACUCUACGAAUACCAGGUCAGAGCCCAAAACUCCAGGGGCUCAGUGGAGAGUAUGUGGUCUUCAGCAAGAACCCUGGAAGCCCCACCUCAAGAUUUGCCAGCUCCCUGGGCUCAAGCCACCAGUGCUCAUUCAGUGUUGUUGAAUUGGACCAAACCAGAAUCUCCCAAUGGCAUUAUUACUCAGUACCAUGUGAUCUACCAAGAGAGAUCAGAUGAUUCAACAUUCAAUGUUUCCAUCGUACACGCUUUCACUGUCAUGGGAACAAGCUUUCAGGCCCACCUGUUUGGGUUAGAACCAUUCACAACAUACCAUGUUGGUGUUUCGGCUGCAAACAAGGUGGGAAAAGUAGCAAGCCCCUGGAUGCUGGUUCAGACUUUGGAAUCUUCUCCAAGUGGGCUGAGCAAUUUCACAGUGGAACAGCGAGAGAAUGGCCACGCACUGUUACUGCAGUGGCUAGAGCCUAGACGAACCAAUGGUGUGAUUAAGAAUUAUAAUAUCUUCAGUGAUGGUAUCCUGGAGUAUACGGGUUUGAACCGUCAGUUUCUCUUUCGUCGCCUGGAUCCUUUCACUCUCUACACGCUCACCCUGGAAGCCUGCACGAGGGCAGGCUGUGCACACUCCGUACCCCAGCCCCUGUGGACAGCAGAGGCCCCUCCCAACUCUCAGUUGGCUCCCUCAGUUCGGUCUGUGAGAUCCACUAGUGUUGAGUUGAGCUGGUCUGAGCCUAUUAACCCAAAUGGAAAGAUAAUUCGCUAUGAAGUGAUUCGCAGAUGCUUCAAGGGAAAAGCUUGGGGGAACCAGACAAUUCCAGCCGAUGAGAAAAUUGUUUUCACAGAAUAUAAUACUGAAAGGAAUACAUUUAUGUAUAAUGACACGGGUUUGCAGCCAUGGACACAAUGUGAAUAUAAAAUCAACACUUGGAAUUCAGCAGGCCAUACCUGGAGCUCCUGGAAUGGGGUGAAGACAAAACAAGCCCCUCCAGAAGGUGUGUCUCCACCCGAGAUUGCCUAUGUGUCCAGGCAUCCCCCAAAACUGCUGAUUUCCUGGGUCCCACCAGAACAAUCUAAUGGCAUUAUCCAGUCUUACAGGCUUCAAAGGAACGGAAUGUUCUAUCCCUUCAGCUUUGAUGCAGUGACUUUCAAUUACACAGAUGAUGAACUGCUUCCUUUCUCCACAUACAGUUAUGCAGUCAUAGCCUGCACGAGUGAAGGCUGCUCCACCAGCAAACUCAUCAAAAUCCAAACUCCUGAGGCUGCUCCAGAAGGGGUCAGCCCACCAGCUCUUCAGAGCAUCAGUGCCACGCAAAUAGAUGUGUCCUGGUCACCACCAUCAAAUCAGAAUGGAGUUAUUACUAAAUAUCUUCUUCGAUUGGAUGGUGAGGAGUACCACCCUGGGCAGAACCUCUCCAUGGUGGUUUCUAACCUGCAGCCUUAUACUCAGUAUAAUUUCUCUCUAGAAGCCUGCACCAGCGGUGGUUGCACAGCUAGUGGGUCGAUAUCUGCCUGGACAUUAGAGGCCCCGCCACAAAACAUGGAUGCCCCAAGGUUGCAAGUCACAGGCUCGGAAUCAAUAGAAAUCACCUGGAAACCUCCCAGAAACCCAAAUGGCCAAAUCAGAAGUUAUGAACUUAGGAGGGAUGGAGCCAUUGUGUAUACUGGGCUGGAAACGCGCUAUCACGAUUUUACCCUCUCUCCGGGCGUGGAGUACGGCUACACAGUGAGUGCCAACAACAGCCAAGGUGGGAUUUUGAGUCCACUCGUCAAAGAGAGAACCAACCCCUCAGCACCCUCAGGAAUAGAACCUCCAAAACUGCAGGGCAAGAACCCUCGAGAGAUCUUAGUAACCUGGAACCCUCUAGUGAAGACCAAUGGCAAUAUUGUCAAUUACACCCUUUUCAUCCAUCAUCUGUCUGAAAGAGAAACAGAAAUCAUACACGUAAACUCAACUCAUAAUUCUUUUGAUACACGAUCGUUCGUCGUAAACCAGCUACAACCGUUUCAGAGGUAUGAAGUGCGAGUUCAAGCGUGCACCCUGCUGGGUUGUGCAUCUAGUGACUGGACAUCCAUCUUGACCCCAGAAAUCCCACCUCUGAUGCAACCUCCUCCCCAUCUAGAGGUCCAGAUGGCACCAGGAGAAUUUUACCCCGCCGUUUCUAUCCUGUGGGCAGGACCACGUGAGCCAAAUGGGAAAGUUUUAUAUUAUGAAUUGUACAGACGACAAAUAACGACACAGUCUGGAAAACCGAGCCCAGUGCUAGCCUACAAUGGAAGCUUGAACACAUUUAUUGAUUCUCGACUAUUGCCUUACACAGAAUAUGAAUAUCAGGUCUGGGCAGUGAACUCAGCAGGAAAAGCAUCCAGUACCUGGACACGGUGCAGAACCGGACCAACCCCUCCAGAAGGCCUCCAGGCUCCCAAGUUCCACGCUGUGUCUUCGACCCAAGCAGUCGUUAACAUCAGUGCCCCUGCAAAGCCCAACGGGGUGGUCAGUCUCUAUAGGCUGUUCUCCAACACCUCCAGUGGGGUAGUGAUGGUGCUCUCUGAAGGCACCACUACCCAGCAGACCCUGCAUGGCCUGCAGCCCUUCACUGCGUACUCCAUCGGGGUGGAGGCCUGCACCUGCUUCAACUGCUGCAGCAAAGGACCAACAGCUGAACUGAGGACUCAUCCUGCUCCACCCUUGGGGCUGCCCUCUCCCCAAAUCCAGACACUGGCCUCCAGGACAGCUUCCUUCCAGUGGAGUCCCCCUCUGUCCCCUAAUGGUGUCAUUCACAGCUAUGAACUCCAAUUCUAUGCAGCUUGCCCUCCUGACACAGCCCUGUCUUGUACUCCCAGUCAAACCGAGACCAAGUAUGUGGGGCAAGGGCAGCAAGUCAGCCUUGGGGGUCUCCAGCCCUACACCACCUACAGACUGAGAGUGGUGGCGUACAAUGAGGUGGGCAGCACAGCUUCUGAAUGGAUCAGCUUCACCACCCUCAGAGAAUUACCUCAGUACCGAGCCCCCUUUUCGGUGGACAGCAAUUUGUCUGUGGUGUGCGUCGACUGGAGCAGCUCCUUCCUUCUGAACGGCCCACUGAAGGAGUACGUACUGAUGGAUGGAGCGCAGCGUGUGUACAGCGGCUUCGACACCACCCUCUACAUACCAAGGACAGCAGACAAAACUUUCCUUUUCCAGGUCAUCUGCACUACAGAUGAAGGAACUGCGAAGACACCAGUGAUUCAAUAUGAUACUUCUGCUGGACUGGGCCUGGUGCUGACGACUCCUGGAGAAAAGAGGGGGUCAGGGAACAAAAGCACGGAGUUCUACACAGAGCUGUGGUUCAUUGUGUUAAUGGCGAUGCUGGGCUUGAUCUUGUUGGCCAUUUUUCUGUCCCUGCUACUACAAAGAAAGAUUCACAAGGAGCCAUACAUCAGAGAAAGGCCGCCUUUAGUUCCUCUUCAGAAAAGGAUGUCUCCACUGAGUGUCUACCCGCCAGGAGAAUCACACGUGGGAUUGGCUGACACUAAAAUUCCUCGGUCUGCGACACCUGUGAGUAUCCGGAGCACCCGGAGUGUGUCUGUUCUGCGAAUCCCAAGUCAGAGCCAAAUCAGCCAAACCUAUUCCCAAGGUUCUCUCCACCGUAGCGUCAGCCAGCUCAUGGACAUUCAAGACAAGAAGAUCUUGGUUGAUGACUCGCUGUGGGACACCAUCAUGGGCCAUGACAGUGGACUGUACGUGGAUGAAGACGACCUGAUGAAUGCCAUCAAGGGAUUCAGUUCUGUGACCAAGGAACAUACUGCAUUCACAGACACCCACCUGUAA